AGAGUGGGACUCCGGGGGCGCCGCGGGGUUCUGCGCUGCCUGGCGCUCCCCAGGCCGUUACCCGAGUCUCGCUCCCGCGGGCAGCGCCUCUCAGGCCACCCCCGAGAGCUCAUCGGACCCCAGCGCGGCCGUUCAAACUGGCGAGUGUGCGCCUCUCGGGGUCCCCGGAUUCUAGGGCUACUUGGGCGCAGAGCCGUGAAAGAGUCUCAGUCCCCAGGCGCCCAGCUUUCGAGUGACCGCCCUCCUACGCCCGUCGGCCUGAGCCACCGUUUCUCCUGCUGGGCUCCCCAGCCCUAGCCUGCAGCCGCCCUCGCCCCCGUCCAUCCUUCCAGGAUCUGACUGCGCCGCGCAUAAGCCUCUGAAGUGCUCGGGCUCCCAGGCGGAGUCCUGACCGCAAACCCAAAAGUAGCUGAGACUGCUGCUCUGCUCCAGUAAUUCAAGUGACUCAAGGAUGACCGCAUAGAACUGGAAAAUUAUUUGUUUAUGGAUGUGAUCUUCGUGGUGGGAAGCUCAGUUUUUAAACUACCCCAAUGGAUGCAGACAGUGAUGUUGCAUUGGACAUUCUAAUUACAAAUGUAGUCUGUGUUUUUAGAACAAGAUGCCAUUUGAACUUAAGGAAGAUUGCUUUGGAGGGAGCAAAUGUAAUUUAUAAGCGUGAUGUUGGAAAAGUAUUAAUGAAGCUUAGAAAACCUAGAAUCACAGCUACAAUUUGGUCCUCAGGAAAAAUUAUUUGCACUGGAGCAACAAGCGAAGAAGAAGCAAAAUUUGGUGCCAGACGUUUAGCCCGCAGUCUGCAGAAACUAGGUUUUCAGGUAAUAUUUACAGAUUUUAAGGUCGUUAACGUUUUGGCGGUGUGUAAUAUGCCAUUUGAAAUCCGUUUGCCAGAAUUCACAAAGAACAAUAGACCUCAUGCCAGUUAUGAACCUGAACUUCAUCCUGCUGUGUGCUAUCGGAUAAAAUCUCUAAGAGCUACGUUACAGAUUUUUUCAACGGGAAGUAUCACAGUAACAGGGCCCAACGUAAAGGCUGUUGCUACUGCUGUGGAACAGAUUUACCCGUUUGUGUUUGAAAGCAGGAAAGAAAUUUUAUAAUUCAUCGCUUAAUUGGUUAGAAUCCCUAACUGAGCACCUUUUAAAACCUGCUGCACAUUGGACUCAAAACAAAAGGAAAACUGGACCAACAGUAAUUGAGGAAAUAGACUCUUUUAUUCAUUCACGGCUACAGUGUAAGCUCCAGGCCCUUUGGAUUUUAUUUCAGACCUUGCUGUAAUAUAAAAAGGAAGUUUACAAGACAUGACAUUGCUGCUUUUACAAAAGGACAUUCUAUUUAUUUUCGCAGUAAUUCUCAUGUCCCCGAAAGCAGAGCUGUCACAGUGUGCACUACCUUAAAUUGUUCUGUUGUUGUCAUUAGUUUUUUCCAGUUUGAGCUAAUGUGUUUUAUUUGUGAAUAGUCUUUUACAUUUUUGUAUGCUGAAUAUGGGCACCAAAGAACCUGUAAAAGUUAUCUUUUUCAAUUGAAUGUGCACAAAUAAAAGUUUGGAAAAGA